AUGUCAGAAAGUCGCUCAGUGCUGUCUAUUCUUAAAAGAGGCAGGUUGACUUCUCCCAGCAACAAUGUGAAAUACUCCAGCUUUAGAGACUCUUGUUCCACCUCCAUAUUUCAUGAUCGUGGAUACAGUGUAUCAUUAAAAGAUCCUAGCUUUGAUCAUACUGAUGCAGAACAUAAAGAUGAACUGAGCACAAGACGUCUAUCAUUACUACAUGAUUAUUCUGAACAUUCAUACCCUAAUUUAGUAAUUCCAGUGUUGUCUCCCAUUGAAAAUAAUCCUAUCUCCUUAUCUGAAAGAAAAGAGGCAAAUAUAGCUACAGAUUUUUUGGAAACUCCUAAAGUAAGUAAAAAAGACUCAUCACUGCGUAGGAGACUGCUUCUGUCUAAAACUGCUUUGGGAGGCACUGUAGGAUGCUUGGAAAGGCAAGUCAAUUCUUCAGAUUGCAGUAGGAAAAAAACAUUAUCUUGUGUUCUCAGUUUUGAAGAAAGACUUUCAAAAAGUUCUUCGUAUUCUCCAAGAGAUAAUACUUACAAACCUCUAGCUACUAGCACUUUAAAAACUGAGGAGUCUAGUCCUGCUUGCCAAAAAUUGAGGCUUGCCUUUUCACAGCAAAGGACUUCUACAGUAGAUGAUUCCAAAUGUAAAAACAACUUCUUGUCAGAACCUGAAUGUUUAUCUCCAAUUCACCAUAAUACUUCUAAGGACACUAUUAUUGACAAGACUCCUAAUGAGCUUAGUGAUAGUUCCCUUACAAGCAUUAAUGAUGAAAGCACCUCUCUGGAAUUGCUUAGAACCCCUACAUGUUGUAUGUUGUCUGAGACGAAUGAGGAUAAAUUUCUGACUCCAGUCAGCAACCUAACAGCAGAUUUUAACUUUGAUUUACUUGACAUAAAUACUCCCCCUACUCAUGUGGUAAGUGACUUGGAGCUUUCAGUGCCUGAAGACAGUGGGUUUAAUUCCCUUGGCUUAGAUAAAUCAGAAGAUUCCUCUUCAGAUCAUGAGGGAUCUUUCCAAGAACUCCUUCAAAAACAAAAGGAAGUUUCCAAACUUCUGGAUGCUAAAAGAAAGUCAAGAAAACUAGACCGAGUGAGGAGGUUAUCCACCCUUCGGGAACGGGGUUCGCAGUCUGAGACAGAGGAAGACUAUGAUAUUACGCUAAUUAAUUCAGAAUAUAAAUUAAAAAUAGCAAGAGACUCUGCCAGUGAAGACAGUGGAUUGGUUUUUAAUGAGGAGAAUAAUGGAGAUUUGGUUCUAAAUCUUGGAGAUUUAUCAAGAACACCUGCUUUACAAGUAGUCCGUGAAAUCUUCUUGCGAAGCAAAAGAAAAAGACCAGAGCAAAAUGGACUCUUGGAGAACACUGAGAGAGCUGAAAUGUCUGUAUUAGAAUAUAUUCUUGCUGGACUCAUAGGCAAGAAAAUGGGCCUUGAAAAAUUAGAUAUUUUAACAGAAUUAAAAUACAGAGAUUUAAAGCAUAUUCUUGCUAUAGUUCUAGGUGCUUUGACUGUGGAAAGCCUAUGCAGUAUUUGGAAAGUAAGCAAGAACUGGCGUGAAAUUGUUAUACAAGACAAAAAUGCAUAUCUCAGGAGAAAGCUGUACAUCAAACAGCUGAAGGCGGAAGCUGGGGGAUGUCUCUUGCAUGUUGAAGAUGCUGCCACAAGACUUAAUAUUCUAAGUAGAUCUGCUCUAAGACCUGUUCAAGCUCAAGCUAAAACUGCUGUGUUACAAACACCACCUUAUUGCAAUGAGCUUUUAACACCUACAGGAUGCAGUUCUGUUCCCCAGUCAACUAGUAAACAGGAAGAGUACCUUAAGAUUGCCAAAACCCUUUUUACUGAUGAAGCUUUAAAACCUUGUCCAAGAUGUCAGUGCCCAGCUAAGUAUCAACCCUUAAAGAAAAGGGGACUAUGUAGCCGAGAAGCCUGUGCGUUUGACUUUUGUAUUUUGUGUUUGUGCACCUUCCAUGGGUCAAAAGAAUGCAGUAGUGCAUCUGCAAAGCAGCGAAAUAAAAAAGAUGCUCUUCCAGGAAGUGCCCAAAGCAAGAGAAAUUUAAAAAGACUCUAAAGUUAUAAGGAACAUAGGUUUCCCUACUCUCUCUCAAUUUCUGAUCUUGUCUGUCUUUUUAUUAAUUAUGCAUAUUUUGAAAGUAAUAUUGUCAU